CAAGUCAAAAAGCACCUGAAAUAAUUGCCGAUGGAUCAUAUUCUAAAAAUUUAGACGUCAGUACUAGUUCAACUAGUUCAUUAGGACCGAGCAUGGUUGUUUCUCAUGUUUCUUCACCAUCGACUAAUACUAAUAAUAAAGAUCGAUUGAUAAAAGCAAAAAUAUUGGAGAUUAAUUACUUACGAAGUGAGAGUGAUAAAACAAAACAAAAAAUGAAAAAUCUUUCAGAAAGUAAUAUUUUAUUAGAAAAGGAGAAUACAGAACUUUUAGAAAGAAUUAAAUCAUUGGAAAAAGAGAAUGCAGAGCUAAAAGAGAAGAAUAAUGUCCGAGACCUUGAUCUACAUCUAGGAUCAAGUUCUGAGGAUCAAGAAUUAUAUGAGAAAAUCCAUUUAUUAGAGCAAGAAAAAUCCGAGUUCAAAGAUCAAAUAAAAACCAUAGAACAGGAAAAUUCCGAGCUCCAAAAUCAAAUAAAAACAAUGAAAAAAGAAAUGUCUGAAUCUAAGGAAAGUUUUCAACUCGAUAAG